AUGCGAUGCUUAUACCAUAUAGACCUGUCACAGCCGGGUGUUUCACAACCUGGCGUGCCGCCUGCUUCUCUUACCGAUCAAGGCGUAAUACCUGUGCUGGAGCGACACGGAACGCAUCUUCGUUCGCUCCAUCUCGGCAAGAAUGAAGCUCUGAGUGACGCAACCAUCGAUGCUAUUGGCGCGACGAUUGAGUGUCUUAUCCUGGACUUCUUGGCUCAUGUGCAUGAAUCAACAUGGAUCCGACUCUGGCACAGAUGCACGCAGCUGACCUCGGUGUCUGUCCGUGGCAUUGGCAUGACAGAUGCAUCACUUGAAGCACUCGUGCGGCAUGCACGAUCUCUCCAAGUUCUUAACAUUAACAGCAAUGAUGACUUGACGCCGGCUGCUUUUUACGCGCUCGCUGAAGCGCGUCUGCCUCUAAAGACGCUUGAUGUUGGCUUUGUUCGGUGUGUGGACGAUUCUAUCCUGUCCAUGCUCGCAGAUGCCAUGCCCACGCUCAAGGCGUUGUACGUAUUCGGAUGCCCACGAGUCAAGCACUUCUCGCGUGCCGACAUUACGGUUGUAGGCCGUGAGCAGCGCUAG